AUGGGUUUGAGUAAUAUCAUUGGCAUCAUAGUGUACAUAUCCGCCAACGCUGGAGACCCAGCCAAAAGCGACUCCAAAAAGAACAGUUACUCCUACGGAUGGUCCUUUUACUUUGGAGCUCUGUCCUUUAUCAUUGCAGAGAUGGUGGGAGUGUUAGCUGUCCAUUUGUUCAUUGACAGACACAAACAGAUCCGGGCCGGGGCCAGAUCCGCGGAUUACCUGCAAUCCUCGGCGAUCACUCGCAUCCCCAGUUACCGGUACCGCUACCGACGGCGCAGUCGGUCGAGCUCCCGGUCCACGGAACCCUCUCACUCCAGAGAUGCCUCGCCGGUUGGUCUCAAAGGCUUCAACACGCUACCCUCCACCGAGAUCUCCAUGUACACUCUCACCCGAGACCCCCUGAAGACCACCAGCUCCUACAACUCUGAGCGCGACCACAACUUCCUGCAGGUUCACAACUGCAUUCAGAAAGAGCUGAAGGAUUCAUUACACACUAAUACAGCGAACCGCAGAACAACACCUGUAUAA